CCUACCAGUCAUAUCUGACAGGUAUAUGGGUGAUCACAAGAUAACAGGCCUCAAUUCUGCAACCCCUGAUAUAUCUCCUUAACUUUAACCACGAGGCAUUCUAAUGAAGUCAAUGGGAUUGCUCAGGUCAGUAAAAUUAAGCACAUAUGUAAGUGUUAGCAGCAACAGAGCCAUAGUUUGCUACCUUAAAUUGUCUUUUGGUAGCCCACUGGAUUACUGUGUCCACAUUUCUGUAGGGCACUGAUCUAUACAAUAGUAAAAAUCAACACAGCUUCAUGACUUGAUAUCUUUUCCUAUAGAUGUUCAUUAUCUGUGUUUCAAUAUGUUUUAUCCACUAUUAACACAUGCUGCAGAGGACUAUGUUAAUCAGUAGACUUUACACUCAUCUAUAAUCUUUUGAAAACCUGAAAGGUUUCCUAUAUAAGUAGUACAGUGUACAUUUCUUUUGUAAAAUAUGUAACAAAGCCUUAAGAAAUAUUUACUAGGUAAUAAUAAAAAAAAAUCUAUUCACAAGUAUCUCAAUGAGAAAAAAAAUGACUACAGAUAAUACCUUUAAGAACCUCUCUUUUCCUCCUCCCUCCCCACCUCCAAUGGCUGAAAAGCCAAUAAAAGAAUUCUCCACCUCCCACACAGUUCAGUCCUGGAUCUGUGUGCAUUAUCCCAAUCAUACUUCGGGACUUAGGAGUGGGGAAAGGAAUUAGUUAAUGUACUAAGGAAUCUUAAUUUCAAACAUAAUUAUAUACCUUUUAAAUAGUCUUUCUUACUGACAUGAUACAGGUUGAGAAUUAAACAUUUCUCAACAAUUUCAACUCAGCCUGGACAGAAGACACAUUUAAAGAGAUGUCUCUGGCACACUGGCAUUCAGCUAAUCAGACUUCACACACAUCGGUCAAUAUUACAGAACAACUGAGAUCUAUCACUGACAACGAUAUUGCAAAUCAAGGAUGGACUGAAGACUCCUUUCCAGGAUUAGAAAUACUGUGCACAAUUUAUGUUACAUAUGCUGUAAUCAUUUCAGUGGGUCUCCUCGGAAAUGCUAUACUCAUCAAAGUCUUUUUCAAGAUUAAAUCAAUGCAGACGGUUCCAAACAUUUUCAUAACCAGCUUGGCUUUUGGAGAUCUGCUUCUUUUGUUAACCUGUGUGCCAGUAGAUGCAACACGCUACAUUGUAGAUACCUGGCUCUUUGGAAGAAUUGGCUGCAAGCUGUUAUCUUUUAUCCAGCUAACUUCAGUUGGAGUAUCAGUGUUCACUUUAACUGUUCUCAGUGCUGACAGGUACAGAGCUAUUGUUAAACCCUUGGAACUGCAAACAUCAGAUGCAGUUCUGAAGACCUGCUGUAAAGCUGGCUGUGUUUGGAUUGUCUCCAUGAUAUUAGCAAUCCCAGAAGCUGUAUUUUCGGAUUUAUAUUCAUUCAGCAAUCCUGAAAAAAAUGUAUCUUUUGAAGCAUGUGCCCCUUAUCCUGUAUCUGAGAAGAUUCUGCAAGAAGCUCAUUCUCUGGUUUGCUUUUUGGUGUUCUAUAUUAUACCGCUAAUUGUCAUUUCUGUCUAUUAUUUUCUUAUUGCCAAAACAUUGUACAAAAGCACAUUCAACAUGCCAGCUGAAGAACAUGGCCAUGCCCGUAAACAGAUUGAAUCCCGCAAGAGAGUGGCAAAAACAGUGCUGGUGCUAGUUGGUUUGUUUGCCCUCUGCUGGCUGCCUAACCACAUUCUCUAUUUGUAUCGAUCUUUCACCUACCACUCUUCCGUAGAUGCCUCUGCCUUUCAUCUUAUAGUCACUAUUUUCUCCCGGGCUCUGGCCUUCAGCAAUUCCUGUGUCAAUCCCUUUGCUCUUUAUUGGCUGAGUAAAAGUUUUCGGCAACAUUUUAAAAAACAAAUCUUGUGUUGCAAGGUGAGGCUGCCCACACGGCCUUCCAGCAACACACCUACCAGAGUUUUGUCAGCCACAGGCAGCACAAAUGGCUCAGAAAUCAGUGUUACUUUGCUAACAGAUUAUAGUAUCACAAAAGAAGAGGAGAGUGUUUAGUCCUUCGAUAAUGGAGAUGUGCCAACAUCAUGCUUCCCCCAAGAUUCUAAUGCACUGGGACCCUGCUAGGAGCCACAAGUAAACAAAAGAAUGCAGCCUUCAUACAGUCUGUGAAAGCAUCCUCAGCAGGACUUCUUAAUAUCUUCAAUUAUACGAUGGAAAAAUCACACCAGUGUGUGUGGGGAAAAAGAAGAAACACAACUGAUAUAAGCUCAGUCAAAAGGAUAGUGCCUAUUCCCUGGGAAUGUUGUGCAUCCUUUCCAUAUGCCUGAGGUUUCUGCACCAAGCUGACAAAGUUAAGCUCAGUUAAACACAUUUAAACUCACUUGAGCUGCAGGAAUAUUUUUGUACUGGUUCUGUGUUCAGAAAAUUAGAAUUGUUGUUAUUCUCUUGGCCACAGAGUAGUGACAAUGAGCGCUGCCUUUUGUUGAGCACUUAUGUUGCCUUUGAUGUUUUUAAAAAUGGAAGCAGCUCUCCAUAGAAUGACAAACCACAGAGGUUUCUUAUUUUGUCACUUUCCUUGCACCAAAUAUUGAACAAUGGUCAAAACUUUGGCGUGAAAGUUUAGGGGGAGGUUGUUUAAUUUCAGUUUAUGAAAAAAAAUAAACUACGCUGAAAGCAGCAGCACAAUGAUGAGACAGCGCUAAGCAAACAUAUGUCAGUAUAACAGCAUUGCUCAAGGGGUGGAAAAUCCACAUCUGGCACUCACAUCUGUUCAGUGGGGAUAAUCAUACUUACCCACCUUUGUUCAGUACUUUGAGCUCUAUAGAUAAAAAAGUCCUAUAAAAGUACUAAGUGUUAUUAGUUAGUAUUUGAUUUUUCCUCCCUUGAUCAGUAUAUCUAUCCUAUCAACUCAACAGUCAGUAAGAGCUAGAACAGGUGCUGGGAGUUAGUUUGCUUCAUAGCAGUAAUUUUCAAACUUUUUUUCUGGAAACCCAGUUGAAGAAAAUUGUUGAUGCCUAUGACCUAACACAGCUGA